AUGACAGUCAUCUUAAUUCCAAGUUUAGAUCGUCAAAAGUAUUUGUGCAUUUUUAAGCAUUCGCUUUAUACAACCUUAAUCGGUGCGUCCGUUAUGAAUCUCUUUCUGAUAUCAAUGGAUAGAUAUAUUUCAGUUUUACACCCUCUGAAAUACCAUACUUCGUCAACAUCUAAGUUUACCAAAAAUAUUGUGAAGACCAAGAUUAUGAUCGUGGUUCUUGGAGUGUUUGCAUUAUGUUGGAGCCCGUAUUGUUUCUUGGUGAUUUUACAAACGUUCAAGAAUACAAUUCAGAGAAAUCAUUAG